GAAAAUAUGAAUGCAACAAAAGAUGAUUAUUAUGGAACUACUUUUUUAACUAAAAUGGAUGAUAUAGUUCGUGAUCGUGUACAAUAUCUUCUAAUGAAUAGUUGGGAUGUGAGUAAAAACAAAAUUAAUAGAAAAAUUAUCAAAUCUAAAUCAUUGGCCAUUGAAUGGAUCAUUCGUGUAUUUCAACAAUGUUUACAUAUGCCAAAACCGAAAAAUUUCUAUAAAUCAUUUCAUGAACUGUGGAAUAAACUGCCAAUAUCAUCGAAAUUAUUAUGGCCAUUAGAAUCCAAUAGUAGUGAUCAUAUGAUUGACAUGAAUUGGUUAGAUUUUUAUGCCUAUUAUUCAGAUCAUUUUGGUUAUGAACCAUUAUUUAAAAUUCGUUUUUUUCUACAAACAAAACUUCAAAUCAAGAUUGAUUUUCAUUCUUCAUUACAUCAAACAGUUCAACAACAUUAUACAAAACAAAUGACAAAUUAUUUAUAUGAAUUGUCCAGAAAUUACAAUAUUUCAAGGAUGAGUAAAGAAAAUUAUAAAAAAAUUGUCGAUAAUGUUAUUGAUUUUGAGAAAAAAAUUACAAAUAUUGUAUCGAAUACACCGCCAAUCAUAGUGAAUUAUAGUUUACCUUCAUUUGAAAGAUUUACGGAAAUAAAAUUGAGUAAUUAUUUUCAUAUACUUUUCACAAUCAUCAACAAACCUAAAAUCAAUCAAUCAUCAUGGAAAUCGGAAAAUUCAACUAAUUUUAUCACUAAUAAUGAUUUUUUGGUUAUUCACAAAUUGGAAGCUUUUGUUUAUGUUAUGGAUGUCAUAAGAAAAACACCAAAACAUGUUGUUUUCAAUUAUUUUUGGCUAAAAGCAUUAUCAUAUUGGUGGACUGAAAAUCAACCAAAUAAACCGGAAAAUUGUUUCCAAAUAUUCUAUUCAAAUGAAUUUCCAUUAACAUUUGCAAUAACACGUUUAUAUAUUGAUCGUUGGUUUAAACCUGGCUCAAAACUUAAAGCUAUUCAUAUGGUAAAUCAAUUGAAACAAUCGGCCAUUCAAUCAAUGAAAAUGAAUACAUUUCUGGAUGAUGAGACACGUGAACAAGCUGUUCAAAAACUUCGAAACAUUAUUGAUAAUAUUGCCUUUCCCGAAUGGCUUAUUAUUGAUGACCAUUUAGAUGAAUUCUAUGGUGUUCAGGGUAGCUCAAUCGAUUCAUUGAUUGCCAAUCAUUAUUGCCAAUCAUAUGUUCAAAUGUUAAGAUUGGAUAAAUAUCGUAUGUUGAAAUUUUUAAAUAAUGAUGAAUUUGAUUUUCCAGAAAUUCAUACUUUAUCCUUACAGGUUAAUGCUUUUUAUAGUCCUGUGAAAAACAAAAUUGAAAUCAAAGCAACAUUAUUGAUGUUACCAUUGUUUGAUGUUGAAUUACCAUUCUAUAUAAAUUACGGUAAACUUGGUUCCAUAAUUGGACAUGAAAUUACACAUGGAUUUGAUGAAAAAAAUAUGAAAUAUGAUAAAAAUGGCAAUUUAAAACAUUGGUGGACGGAAAAAUCAUUUCAAAAUUUUAAAGAACGAUCACAAUGUUUUGUUGAACAAUAUCAAAAUUAUAGUCGACAAUCAUAUGGUAUUCAAAUAAAUACUUCAUCAUUGAAUGAAGAUAUUGCUGAUAAUGGUGGUGUACGUUUUGCAUAUAAGGCCUAUCGAACCGAAUUGAAGCGGAUUGAAAAUCUAGAAAGACGGCCACAAUUAUUGCCACGAUUAGUAGCGAAAAAGAUUACAAUCGAACAAUUAUUUUUUCUAUCAUUAGCACAGGUGUUACUCGUCUAAAAUAUAGAUCGAAUGUGCUGUAUUAACACCAGCUCAAUUACUUAAUAGAAUAAAAUUCGAUCCACAUUCACCACC